GGCCCAGCGCGAGUCUUUCCGGGAGUUGUAGUUCUUGGGGCUCUGUUGGGGACGCCGGGAAGGACCAGUGGUCAGAGGCCAGGAGCGGCAGUUGGGCUUGGUCGAGGCUGCUGACACUAUGUCCCGCGUGUCGGUGCCCUGCCAUGUGAAAGGCACGGUGGCCCUGCAGGUGGGCGACGUGCGAACCUCCCAAGGCCGGCCUGGUGUGCUGGUCAUCGAUGUCACCUUCCCCAGCGUCGCGCCCUUCGAGUUACAGGAGAUCAUGUUUAAGAAUUACUACACAGCCUUUCUGAGUAUCCGUGUUCGCCAGCACAGCUCACCGCACACACCAGCCAAGUGGGUGACUUGCCUGCGGGACUACUGCCUCAUGCCCGACCCGCACAGUGAGGAGGGAGCCCAGGAGUAUGUAUCGUUGUUCAAGCACCAGAUGCUGUGUGACAUGGCCAGAGUACUGGAGCUGCGCCUGAUUCUGCGACAGCCAUCACCACUGUGGGUGUCUUUCACAGUGGAGGAACUGCAGAUUUACCAGCAGGGACCAAAGAGUCCCUCCAUGACCUUCCCCAAGUGGCUCUCCCACCCAGUGCCUUGUGAGCAGCCUGCUCCCCUCAUUGAGGGUCUCCCAGACCCCAGCAGGGUAUCCUCUGAGGUGCAGCAGAUGUGGGCGCUGACAGAGAUGAUCCGGGCCAGUCACACCUCCACAAGGAUCGGCCGCUUUGAUGUGGAUGGCUGUUACGACCUGAACUUGCUCUCCUACACUUGAACUGUGGCUGUGAGCCAAGAUGUUGGCCUUCCGUGCCCACCCAGACCCGGUUUGGGCCACCAGAGGCUGGAGUGCUUUCCCUGUGCAUUCCGAGUGUUGCCUGCAUGCUCACUGGGUCUGGGCCACGUUCACAGAUUCAAGAUUCCUGGGGGCUCACUGUGUUGCUUCAGCAUGAGCUCUUGGCAGGGGUGUACUCUGCCCUCAUCCGACUGUAACCCAAAACUCCUUUUCCUACCCUAAAAACAUUUCAGUUCUACAUACUAAGAAUCCCCUUGUGCCCUCUGCUCCUUCUGCCAACAUGCACAUUCCAGACUCCUGCCUGCUCCUUCACCCUGAGUGCAGUGGGUUGGGGUGACCUACUAAACCUGCUCUAGCUGUUGCUAGAAGGCUGCUGUAGCCAUCGCACUCAUGUAGUUUGGAAGCUUGAGGAAAAACAGGAGCCCAUUUCUUCCUUCUGCGCCCUCUAGUGGUCUUCUUUCCCUUUGUGUUACGCCCCUAAGAAGAAAUUUCCUGUCUUAACUCCUGCUGCCUGCCUAGGGAGCAAAGCUGGAGAUUUGGGCAGCCUGAAUCCCUUGGUCCCUGAGCUCGCUCCUGGAUGUGUGUUCAAAUGGGUCUGCCCAUCCAGCCUGGGCAGGUGCCUCCGGCAAGGCCAGGGUGCGAGAAUGAGUUCCGGGACCUUUGUGCCCAACGCACAUUCUUGUCCAUUUUCCCAGCUGCCCCCUUCCAAAAGUCAUGCUCAGUGUGAUGAAAGAUCAGCCUUGGUAGGGUGUGGGUCCAGGUGAGCGCUCUCA